AGAAUCCAGGCGGCCGCUCUUCACAUGAAUGCAUUCGCCUCCUAGAGAGCAGCCCGCCAUCAUGCUCUGGAAACUGGUGGAAAAUGUCAAGUACGAGGACAUCUACGAGGACCGGCACGAUGGCGUUCCCGGCCACAGCUCGCGCCUGUCCCAGCUGGGCUCGGUCUCGCAGGGACCCUACUCCAGCGCGCCGCCGCUCUCCCACACCCCGUCCUCGGACUUCCAGCCGCCCUACUUCCCGCCGCCCUACCAGCCGCUGCCCUACCACCAGAGCCAGGACCCCUACUCCCACGUCAACGACCCCUACUCCCUGAACCCCCUCCACCAGCCCCAGCAGCACCCCUGGGGGCAGAGGCAGCGCCAGGAGGUGGGCUCCGACGCCGGCUCGCUCCUGCCCCAGCCGCGGGCCUCCUUGCCGCAGCUCUCCGGGCUGGACCCCCGGCGGGACUACCACUCAGUCCGGCGGCCCGACGUCCUGCUCCACUCCGCCCACCACGGCCUGGACUCCGGCAUGGGGGACGCCCUGUCUCUUCACGGCAUCGGGCACCCGGGCAUGGACGACGUGCAGUCGGUGGAAGAUGCAAAUAACAGCGGCAUGAACCUGUUGGAUCAAUCUGUCAUCAAAAAAGUUCCGGUUCCUCCGAAAUCCGUUACUUCCCUGAUGAUGAACAAAGAUGGUUUCCUGGGAGGCAUGUCGGUGAAUACGGGAGAAGUGUUCUGCUCGGUGCCCGGACGCCUCUCCUUGCUCAGCUCGACGUCCAAGUACAAAGUGACUGUGGGAGAAGUUCAACGGCGCCUCUCUCCUCCCGAAUGUCUGAACGCCUCGCUCCUUGGGGGAGUGCUUAGACGAGCCAAAUCGAAAAAUGGGGGCAGGUCGUUGCGAGAGAGGCUAGAAAAAAUCGGUUUGAAUUUACCAGCCGGCAGGCGCAAAGCGGCAAAUGUCACUUUACUCACCUCUUUGGUGGAAGGAGAAGCCGUACAUUUAGCUCGGGAUUUUGGAUACAUCUGUGAAACCGAGUUUCCGGCCAAAGCCGUCUCCGAGUAUCUCAACAGACAGCACACAGACCCCACCGAUCUCCACUCCAGGAAGAACAUGCUGUUGGCGACAAAGCAACUUUGUAAAGAAUUCACCGACCUCUUGGCCCAGGACAGGACGCCCAUCGGGAACAGCCGGCCCAGCCCCAUAUUGGAACCCGGGAUCCAGAGCUGCUUGACUCACUUCAGCCUCAUCACCCAUGGCUUUGGGUCACCUGCCAUCUGCGCUGCCCUGACGGCUCUCCAGAACUACCUGACGGAGGCUCUGAAAGGCAUGGACAAGAUGUUCUUGAACAACAACUCUGCUAACAGGCACACUUCUGGGGAAGGACCAGGUAGUAAAACUGGAGAGAAGGAAGAGAAGCACAGAAAAUGAAAA